AUGAAUUUAGACUUUCAGUUUUACAAGUUAAAAAGUUCUAGAUUGAAAUAUACUGUACAGCCGAGCUCCACUGGGCCUGGGGGCGGCGGUGUUCCUCGUUUGAGAGGCUCCAGCCCUGCGGCGGCGGCGCCCGCGGCCCCUGAGCAGAUUGAGACCGAGACCGCCAGAUUGAGACCGAGGCCACGAGGCGGCGGCGCGGCACGGCCCCCUCCAACGGCCGCGCCCGGAGUAAAACAAAAGAGAACGAAAGAAGUAGAUAAUCUUGAAAGUAUAAAGGAAGAAUGGGUUUGUGAAACAGGAUCUGACCACCAACCUCUUAGUGAUAGUCAACAAACAAAUUGUGAAUAUUUUGUUGACAGACUUUUUGAGGAAGCUCAGAAGGUUGGUGCCAAAUGUUUGUCUCCCACUGAACAAAAGAAACAGGUAGAUGUAAGUAUAAAAUUAUGGAAAAAUGGAUUCACUGUCAAUGAUGAUUUCAGAAGUUAUUCUGAUGAUGCAAGUCAACAGUUUCUGAACUCCAUCAAAAAAGGGGAAUUACCUUUAGAAUUACAGGGAGUUUUUGAUAAAGAGGAGAUGGAUGUUAAAGUUGAAGAAAAGAAAAAUGAAGUAUGUAUGUCAACAAAGCCUGUGUUCCAGCCCUUCUCAGGACAAGGUCACAGACUGGGAAGUGCUACACCAAAAAUUGUUUCUAAAGCAAAGAAUAUUGAAGUUGAGAAUAAAAAUAAGUUGUCUGCUGUCCCACUAAACAAUCUGGAACCCAUCACUAAUAUACAGAUCUGGUUAGCCAAUGGGAAAAGGAUUGUCCAGAAAUUUAACAUUUCUCAUAGGAUAAGCCACAUCAAAGACUUCAUCAAAAAAUACCAGGGAUCUCAGAGGAGUCCUCCCUUUUCCCUGGCAACUGCUCUUCCUUUCCUCAAAUUGCUAGAUGAAACACUCACACUGGAAGAAGCUGAUUUACAGAAUGCUGUAAUCAUUCAGAGACUCAAAAAAACCGCUGAACCUUUUAAAGAACUUUCAUAG